GUCCGUCCAUCGAGACUACACGUGAAAGUAGAAAACCCGUAAGUUAAAGGGCUGAGCCGCGGUUUUCAUCCAGUGGUUGAGAAGAGCUUGUGGUUCCGGCGAAGCACCAGUCCGGCAGAAUGCUGUAUCUGAUCGGCCUGGGUCUGGGAGAUGCCGCGGACAUCACGGUGAAGGGUCUGGAGGCGGUGAGGAGCUGCUCCAGGGUUUACCUGGAGGCCUACACCUCGGUCCUGACCGUGGGGAAGGAGGCUCUGGAGCAGUACUAUGGGAAGCAGCUGAUCCUGGCGGACAGAGAUCUGGUUGAACAGGGGGCUGAUGAGAUCCUGAAGGAUGCUGAUGUGGCUGAUGUGGCGUUCCUGGUGGUGGGCGACCCGUUCGGAGCCACCACCCACAGUGACCUGGUCCUGAGAGCAGUGAAUGCUGGGAUACCGUACAAAGUCAUCCACAACGCCUCCAUCAUGAAUGCCGUGGGCUGCUGUGGUCUGCAGCUGUAUAACUUUGGCGAGACGGUGUCGUUGGUGUUCUGGACGGAGACGUGGAGACCAGAAAGUUUCUAUGACAAGAUCUGUAAAAACAGAAGAGCUGGACUACACACACUCUGUCUGCUGGACAUCAAAGUGAAAGAGCAGAGCAUCGAGAACAUGAUGAGAGGGAAGAAGAUCUAUGAGCCUCCUCGCUUCAUGACGGUCAGCCAGGCGGCAGAUCAGCUGAUCCAGAUCAUCCAGAGGAAGAGGGAGGAAGGGGAGGAGCUAGGUGUGACAGAGGACACGGUGUGUGUGGGCGUGGCCCGACUCGGCGCAGAUGACCAGACGAUCCGCGUGGCGACGUUGCGUCAGCUGUUGUCAUAUGACCUCGGCGCUCCGCUCCACUCACUGGUCGUAACGGCUCAACUCCACCCGCUGGAGGUGGACAUGCUGCGAGUGAACGCAGAACCAAACGCACUGGAGCACCUGCACAUGAUCGACAGCUCCACCUACACCUCAUAACACACACCUGUCUGUCUGUGUGACCCCCCCCCCACCCCCAACAUGAUCCAGAUCUGAACCUGGAGUCAAGAGGACCAGCAGCCUUACCCAACAGAGUCCUCAGUGAUGGUUUAGACCAGGACCUGGUCCUCACACAGACACAGCUGCAGGACUCUGAGGUUGAAAGCAACAUCUGGACCAGAUGUUUGAUCCAGUUUGACUGUUAAAUUACACACAUUUUACACUUUAAUGUUGAAUUGAUCCAGUUUGUCUCUGGUGAUGAUGAUGAUGUCAGAGCAUCUGAUCAGCUGUGAUCUGUCCUCACACCAGGUAUCUGUGUCUUUGUGACAUAAUGAAUCAGUCGAGUCAGUUUUCCUGAAUGAAUCUGAUUUAAUGUUGAAUAUUGUGGAACUGGUUUCACCUGUGAUCUGGAUCACAUGAAAACACGUUAGUCCAAAAACCUCCAAGAACUUAAAGAGUCCCUCCCCCCAUGUCUCCCAUAUAAUCAGUAUAAAGUUGUGAUAACUGGUUCCUAUAACUUCAGCUCACACCUGUGCUGAUAAUUGCUCAGGUGUGAUCAGAUCACAGGUGACACCAGGUGAAAAGGUUUGACAACAAUUUAAUAAACAUCUGACACUGAAACCUUGUUACACAGUUUCUCCUCUGGUCUGAUUUUCCCUCCAAAAUAUCCAGGUGUUUCCUCAGAGGGAGGUGUCGGAUGAACAGUUUCUGUGUCUCAGGUUUAGACGAUCGAUUGAUGUAUCGUCCAGCUUGACAAUGAGGCGUGCAGGUGCUUAUAAAAUGAUGGUUAAAUCAGCUUCUCUUUGCCUCCUCAGACUGAAACAAUUAAGCCUGAUAAAACUGAUGUGAUGUCAUCAAUCAAGCUGUAGAUCAAUAAUCAAUAAUAAUCAGCUCAGAGAAACUGAAUCAUUUAUUACAGUUGAAAAAAGACUGAAACCUUCCGACCGGUCACAUGGUCUGGUCACAUGGUUUGGCACGUUAAAAACAUGGAGUGACAUCACACACACACUCACCACGGACCAAUCAGCUGGCAGCAGUCUGGUCCCAGCAGUGAUGUCACAGAAGGGGCGUGGCCUCAGAUUGUCUCUGAUUCAUGAUGAAGGCACUUAGCAAGAAUGCUCUGUCCCGGGGGGGGGGGGCACUGCCCAC